AUGUCGCGCAUUCGUAACGCUAGUGGUGAUGAUUUUGUUCUUCGGAUCGAUAUCGCUGGCGCACUGAACCUUCUUGUUGGGUCCACUUCAAAGUCUCUUUUGAAAGGUUCCUCCGACAGAAAAGACACAUCGGUACAACCAAUUUUUAUGAAAGAGGUGCUGAAUUAUGCAAAUGAACAUCCAGAGGACACCUGCGCAUUGCUGUACUGGGAGACGGCGGUAGCUCUCGAUCUGAAUGAGUUUUCAUCCGAUGAGCUCAAGGCAACACAAAAAAUCAUUAUGGAUAAUGUUGACAAUGUCAUUGCAAUCGCUGGGGGUAAAAGUAAGGUAGCGUCUGAAAUUCAGAAGCUGAUGCGUAACUUGGAACACGCAUUGCGAACAUAUUCUUCUCGAAUUGCUGAAGAAACUGAGGUUGCGGAUCGUCUUACGGAGCUUCGAGAAAGGUACAACCAAACAUCUGCACGCAGUAGAAGAAGAACGCCAAAGUCAUCAAACAGUACACCAGUCAGACCGGGUCGAAUAACCACGAUCAGAAAGAAAAAGGCUUCAACAAGCGUAAAGCGAACCACUCAGCAACUAAUAGACGGCCAAGAAACACCAUCUCCUCCACCAGUUACCAACUCUCUAGUUACGCCGAUAGCAAGAACUCGUCCUGUGCUAUCUCGAUCUGCGAAAAGUGCUGCCUUCAGCAAAACUAGGCGAUGGUUGUUCGAGAAAAACGACGAAGACGAGUUAACAUAG